AUGGCUCAUCAAGCCCCCAAUUCUGUACCGACAUCCGAUCGAACUGAUGUCGAAAAAGCUGAAGAGGAGAGGUGUACGAAAAAAUUUCUCGAGUGCCUUUCCAAUUUCCGGUACGAGUGGGAUGAGUUGGAUGUUAGUGAAUUUGCCCUGUUCUAUUCCGAGAAUAAGGAGGCGGGGUGUGCAUUCCAUGUGCUCCGGUGUAUAUUCAAGAAGGUCGACGCAUUUAUUGGCAUUAAAAGCUACAUUGAUUGUCCAUGGGUAUACUUUUCCGACUUGAAAUUGCUUGUUAGCUUUAGUAAAGUAAUUGAGACACUUGCGAACGCAGCUCAAGGAGUUAAUGAGCCACCGGUGGUCGAGAAAAUGCGAAUAGUCGACCGCACUCGUAUAAGAAGAGCGAUGCUCAAAAGGAUCGCCGAUCUUAAGCCUUCACGCAGAACGUUCAAUGCCGAGGUUUUAGAGUACCUAACAGAUCGGAAUACUAUCUUCGACAACUUCUGGAAGGCUGUGUAUAAAGAAAGAGCGAAAAGGCAAGAUCUUUCUAUGACAGGUUUACGGCAGAGGAAAUCGAAGAACGUAACUUCGGCCGUAAAAUCUCGUGGUGAGACGAAGAUGACUGAGGCCGGAGGGAAAUUUCCAAAUUCCAGGCAACUUGGGUAUUUCAGAGAAACAGUCGGUCGGCUCUUCACAGCGGUAAAUGGCCCAUUCCAAAGACCCAAUUGGAGAAGUGUAAGAGACUUUACUGGAAGAACCGGUACAGUCCUUACUGUCUCAGCCAUCUGUCUCAUGACCACCACAGGCCUUGCUUGCAGAGCACUCUUCCUCUCACUCUACGACCCAAUCCAGCCCAACACCAUAGACUCCGACUUUUUCACGUUACUGCAACAAAGUAUACUCUUGUUCUUCUCUCAAUAUGUACUUGUUGUCCCCUACUUGCGCAGCCUGAGGUUAAACACUGAGCGCUUCUGGUUCCUAGCCACAUUAAUAGCCAGCACAAUUACUGGAGUGGCAUCGGUUCUCGCCUACUUCUGGACGCUUCCGGUAUCGACAUUCCUUGGCUUUGUAGCCAAUGCAGCGCAGAUCAUAGCAACUCUCUUGUUAAUACAGGAAGCCACUCUCCACCGUCCUGCGAACCCUGUCUCCAAUGCAGAGUCGUAG